AUGUCGACUGUCAUGCAGCGAUUCGUAGAGAAUAUGGUCAAUCGAAUCAGAGCUCUUCGCAAGAAUCGCGGCAUGCCUCCACCGGCUGUUCUAACCAGCAAGAAGCUGGACUCCUCGGAUUCCUCCAGGCCCGCCUCGGAUCAUGACAGCCAGGAGGACCCUCGAUACGAUGCCUGUGUUGUGCUGGCCGACCGCAACAUUCCUUAUUGCAUUUUCUGCGAAGAUGCACUCGCUUAUCAUGGGGUACCAACAGCUGUCUUCGACUUAUACCUGCUGGUUCACGAUGUCCACCUCGCAGGCUCCGAACUCCUCGCAGCGGGAUAUUCAAAACAAACUGAACCAUCAGAACUUGUACGGGUACCUGAAUUCAGCGAAAGAUACGUCCUUGACUCGGAAUCGAUAGCUGCCUCAGAUGAGGAAACACAAAAUUUGCCACAGACCGGCAUUGUCUUGCUAAGCGCCUCCGACUGGCAUUACGACCUCGCCGAAUCCGUCGAAGCGAUGACGGAAUGGUUUGCACCGCUUGCGAAGGCUCUUGACAGUAUGAUGAGCAGAUGGGCAGAUCUCACGUCCGUCCGACUCCGAGGCCGCCUGGCGAUCCUCAUCAGCUAUUGCUAUCUUUAUGUCGAGGACGUGAAGACGAAAGACUACGCGAAGAAUCUUGACAAGGAAAAUCGACAGCUGCAUUUUGAUGAAGUAGCGGAGACUUGCACAGCCGACCUUGGAACGGCGAAGUGUCAGGAGCACUACCGGAUGGUACGAGAUCAGAUUCGACGGGGCGAGCACGACCCGACUGGACCAUCAGGUGUCGAACUGUUCCCUAGGAGACCAGCCAAGUGGCCUGUGAAGAUGCCCAUUGCGGGCGCCUGA